AUGAAGAAUAAUAAGCAUGAGACUAUCACGGAAGACAAUUUAGCUAUCGUGUCGGUUGAACUGAAGAUCUUGACUGGGGAUUCGAACAGAUUAGAUGAGGAGGAUCUUCAGUCUGUCACAGACAAACUAAGUUCAAUUGUUGGAUUUGCGUUAGACCAAAACCUGACAGAAGAAACCGUCGUACAGGUGUCUCAGAGUGUGAUAGGAGCAGUGGAUAACAUCUUGAACAUCCUAGAGAGUACCUUCGAGACACCGAGCUCCCAGCAGGUAUCAAAAGACAUACUGGCUACAAUCUCCACACUUACUGAAGCCAUUCAAAAGGCAUCCACCAACAACUUCACCUACAGUGGAUCAAAUCUUGUACUGGCAGUCGUCAAAGUAGACAGGAGAAAAUUUCCCCUCACGGCUGCUACAGGAGGAGCCAUGGAUGACGUCAUAUACUUUUUAGCCAAUGAAGGAUCUCCGUCUAACGCGGCAGGUGUAACGUCAGUAUCUCUGCCGGAAGCAAUUCUUCCUUCGGUAUCUAGUACUAACCAGGUAAUAUCCGUCAGCGUCUUUCUUCUGAACUCGCCUAAGCUGUUUCAGGGUAACAGACCGUCCUCAUCCAGUACUCCAUCGUCUGGAGACAAGCAGAAUCAGCAACCGAAGACGACGUCGGUCGUCGCUUCUCCUAUCUUAACUGUGACCAUUGAGGAAACUGAUAUCAAAGACCUUCCUGAUAAUGAAUCCAUUGUCUUUGCGUUUCCUGUAAACCAGGUAGGCCUAUGGAGUCAUGACAUACAUUCUUAA